UUCAGCCGGUAGUCUGUCGGUCUCAGCCGGUGACAGUCAACCCUGAAACCCCUCAGGGCUCCGCGGAUUGUCCGCGUCACAUCAUUGCUGCUUCCUUUUUUUUAUUUUAUUCAUUUGUGUGAUGGCGCGGAAAGUGAGUGAGAUUUUUGGCUGGAGUAUAAAUGACUGCGGAGCAACAGGCAACUGGGUUGGGGAAACUCACUGAGGGUUGCUCGGCUUUGGAGGAACUGCAGAAUCCCGCUGCGAUGUCCCUGCUGUGCGUCAGAGUAAAGAAAGCCAAACUUCAUGGGCCGCCAGACAAAUUCAACGCCUAUGUCACCUUAAAGGUCCAGAAUGUGAAGAGCACAACCAUCACAGUCCGUGGAGAUCAGCCAUGCUGGGAGCAGGACUUCAUGUUCGAGAUCAGCAAUCUGGACUCGGGUCUGGUGGUGGAGCUGUGGAACAAAGGUUUGAUCUGGGACACUAUGAUCGGCACAGCACUGAUCCCGCUGGACACCAUCCAUCAGUCUGAUGAGGAGGGACCAGGAAGUUGGACGGCUUUGGACUCGGAGGUGUUGAUGAAGGAGGAUCAGAUCUGCGGCACCACAAACCCAACGCCUCACCAAGUGCUGCUGGACACUCGCUUUGAGCUUCCUUUUGAUAUCCCAGAAGACGAGGCGGAGUACUGGACCAGCAAGCUGGAGCGGAUCAACACCAUGCAGAUCCACGACGAGUAUCCCUUACCAGGAGAGGUCCAGAGAAGAAGAAUGGCGUCGAUGCCGUCACAGUGCUGCAGUUGGAGUUAUUUUGGAUGGAGUGAUCAGCAAACGUAUGAUGACCACGACAGCGCCGUGGACGACCGAGACAGCGACUACCCCAGUGAAACUGGGAACCGGCCACCGCGGUUCCACAACACUUCCCAGACGAAUUCAUCCGUCCAUCAGUACCCCAUAGGCCGUAGAGUCCAGCAUCAGAGCCUGUCGAGGGAGUCUGACUCUGUUCACAGUUACGAUCUAGACAAUAGAGAAACGAGGGCAAACAGACGAUCAAACAGCAAAAGAGGCGUUAGAAUAAUUCCUGUAGACUCAGGUAUGGGUGUGGAGGACUGGGAGAGUAAAUAUAAUCUGCCUAACUCGGGUGUACUGGAUGAUUAUUUAGACACUGAGCAGAAACUUUGGGAGGAUGAAGAUAAAAGUAUCAUCUACCGGAUCAGUGACAGCUGUGAGUCUAAAGGCAGCAGAUUUUAUCAGACGGUAGAGUGUGAUGGUCUAUCCCCAGAGGACAUGCUGGAGCCAAAUGACGGGGCACCCAGACAGAGGCAUGGCUUUGGCAGUGGGGAAGUACGAUUAGUUUACAAGGCAGCCGGCAGCUUUGAGGAUGAAUCAUCUCCUCCUGAAAUUGACAUAAUCCCGUCAGUCAAACAGCUGAGACAACCGACAGACAGAGAGAGUCUCCUUUACAAGACCAGAUUGUGGGCCAAAACCGCUUUAGAAGACACUCUGGAGAACUAUGCUGCUUUUCGUGAGCAGGAGACUGCGAGGGAAGAAGCUUCUAGGGUCAGAAGACGUGUUGACUAUAACUCGCUUGGCUCUGAUGAGAUGCAGUACUCAUUUGGAUCUGAGGAAGAACUGGAAGAUCUGACAUUCACUGAGGGAGAUGCUAAUUUUGAAUAUGAAAGCUAUGGCUACUCUGGCAAGUAUAUGGAACAUUUUGAAGGACAAGAUUUUUCAAGAAAAAGCAGAACAACUGAUCAACAAGAUCCAAUGCUAUCUCCUGUGGAGGACCCAGAUGAUGAAUACAUAGAUCCAAUGGGUGAACUGCGGAGCUUAGUCCACUCAGUGUCUGAAUACCUGGCAGUGAAAGAGGAGGAGGUGAACAGCUAUGAAUCAAUGCCCAAGCCACCAAGAAGAAAACUACCUGCUCUACCAACUGAUGCAAAAAUGUUACCACCUGAAGACAAUGACAGUAAUAUGACCAAACCUGAUGUUAAAGAGGAAAGUCCUGUUGAACAAGGCAUAACUGGGGUGAAAAAUGCAAUGAGCUCAUUGUUCAGCACAAUCACAGGAGCAAAGUCUCCAACUGAGGCAGAAGCCUCUAGUACUUCAUCUCCCCAGCCACCACAAACUGAUUCUGGUAUUUCAAAAUUGUUAUCAUUUAUCCCUAAAUCUAAUACCGAAACCCCUGAAACUCAAUGUGCAUCUGCAACAGAACCACCUACCUCCCAAACACCACCCCAAACUGAAUCAGGAAUUUCCAAGCUGCUUGCAUUUAUUCCCAAAAGUGGUGGUACAUCUCCACCAGUGGCCAUAGUUCCGCCUGCCUCUCAGGAGCCCUCAACAGAGAAAAAGUUCUCUCUACAGUCACUUUUGCCUUUUCAAUCCUCUGAGACCAGUAGACAAGUGGAGGCCAACCAGACGCCUACCCAAGCUCCCACAGAGGCACAAAGUAGUUCAACAGCUGGUAACCAGUCUGCAUCUGGGUUUGAAUCCAUGUUAGGAAGGCUAAGUCCUUUGAGGCUUUUUUCCAGCUCACCAUCUCCCAGAGAGACAUCACCACAACCACCGGAGCAAAGAAGUCCAUCUGCUGCAAGCAAAGAAUCCCAACAAGGGCAAGUAAGUAGAGGCACCAGUCCUAGUAGAGAAGGCUCACAAACAGAGCAGCAGUCAUCAGGAGAGAUAAGACCAGGUUCUGCAAGUGGAUCAGUUGAUCUUUUGCCAGAUACAGGAAGCGGAUCAAUUGAGCUUUCCCAAGAAACGGCAACUGGGUCAGUAGAACUUCUUCCAGAGACUGAGUCCUCUGGUGAGCUACCUGACAUUCAGCAAAGAGGAACAUCUUCAGUGUCUGAAGCAAAACCUGAGGGAAGUUCAGAAGAAACUGGAUUCUUCAGUCCUUUUAAGAAAUCUCUCUCCACCCUCAUGUCUGCGGUUCCUCCAGAAAACCCCUCGCAUAGUGAUACCAAGCCUGCCGAGGAGUCAUUUCUAGGCAGCAAACUGAAAAUUCCAUUUUUGUCAGAAAAUGUUUCCACAACAACAGCACCUAAAGCAGAAGGAGGUAUGUUGUCAGGGAUUCUUAAAUUUGGAAUAGGGGAAGAUUCUAAUGUCACUUCAAAUACUUCAACGCCUGCUCCAUCAAGGUCUCCCUCUCCAAGUCGUUCUUCACUUCUUGAAAGUGCUCCCAAACAAAACACAGGAACCGGCUGGUUUUCUAACCUUUUUAAGGUGACUCCACCUGAACCUGCCAAAGAACCAGAAAAAAACCAAGUGACUCCUACUGUGACACUUACCAAACCUAGUGAACAAACUGAACCUCAUUCUGAGCAAAUAUUUCCCGACACACCAAAAGAUACUGCUUCCAGUGCAGAGCAGUCCUCUGAGGGGCAAACUUUGCAGGAAAUAAAUGCUAUUUCCCAAGACCAAGAACCUCCCAAGGUCAAUGCAGGCACAUCACAACCAGAGACCUCACAGCCUCAAGGAUUUCUUUCUGGGUUGUUAAAAAUAGGACCAACAGAAUCUGUGUCAUCCGAUAAGAAAACCCAGGAAGGAGAAGGACAGUCUCAACCGAGUGGUUUGUUUUCUGGUAUAUUUUCAUCACCUUCCCAGCCUUCCUCUCAACCACAGCCGCAACAAUCAGGAGUGUUUUCUGGAUUCCUAAAGUUGGCCUCUGAUACUGUUUCGGGUUCUGCAAAUCAGUCAACAACCCCAGGAGGUCAGUCUGGCCAGCCUCCAUCUCAAGGUCAAGGGCUCUUUUCUGGACUGUUGAAAAAAGCUACAGAUACAGUAACUGGGACCCAGCCAGUCCAGUCAAGUCAAGAUUCCCAGCCAAGUGACGCUAAGCAAACAAUGGUUAAGGAUGGGCCAGAAAAACACUUGCCUCAAGGAUCAGAUUCACAUGCUGAGUCGACUGGACUUUUGUCAAGAUUUAAAUUAGGAUCCACAGAUAGUCUUCCUCCUGAUAAAGAUCAAACAGACCAACAAAGGCGACUAAUAGCCUCAGAUGAGCAUUUAAAGCAACCACAACAAAGUAGCACGAUUACAGAACAUGCAGCUUCAAAACCAACAACAGCACCUCAAUCAGGUGGAUUACUUGGGGGCUUACUAAAACUCUCAGAAUCUACACCCCAGCAACCAUCUUCUGGUCAAGGGGGUUUGCUGUCUGGGCUGUUUGGAAUUGGUGUACAAGAAUCUGCUCCUGUAAACCCACCUCAACCUUCACAAAACCAACCACAGACUGUAAAACCUGAGAACCAACCAAAUCAGCAACUAGGCAGUAGACAAAACCUUCAACAUAACCAAGUGCCUCCACAGCAGCAGCCGAGUGGUCCUGGAGGGAUGCUUAGUGGAUUAUUUAAUAAAAUUGCAGAUGUGGGUGUGCCACAGCAAACAGUGGGAAGUCAACCAACUCAGCAACAAGCACAAAGACCAGCCCCCAAGACAAUUCAACAACCAUCUAAUCAACAGGGGGGAUUUCUUUCUGGACUGUUCUCCUCGGGGUCUAAUACUCCAGCUCAGCAGCAGUCCCCUGUUAAUCAACAACAUCAGCAGCAACCCCAACAAGGCAACAGACAACCUCUGCGUAGACAAAACCAGAUACCCCCACAACCCCCUGCUUCUGCUCCAGAGCCACAACAGGGUGGGUUAUUGUCAGGACUGUUUAACAAAUUAGCUUCCAGCGAUAAUGUAUCACAACAGCCCAGCCAACAAGCUAGUACUCAGCAGGGCAGUAAGCCUGGGCAGCCUUCCAAUGAACCAUCGUCUCAAACCAGUCAGCAGGGUGGAUUUUUAUCUGGUCUGUUUGGACCAUCACCACCUCAGCAGGUACAACAACAACCUAGUAAAAUAGCAAGUCCUCUACAAACAACAACACAGCAAGCUAAUCAAGGUGGAAGCCUGCUUUCAGGUUUUCUCAAACUUGCAUCUGGUGACAAUGUACAAGAACAACCAUCAGCAAAACCUCCUCAGGCUAGAGAAGCAGCAGUUAAGGCAGGACAAAAUCCACCCCAGCCUGAAUCUGGGGGGUUAUUCUCUGGUCUAUUAACCAAAAUUUCAGCCACUGUAGAACAGUCAUCCUCAUCUUCUGACCAGGUAGCGCCUCAGUUAACUCAGUCAACUCAGCAACAGCAGCAACAACAGCCACGUUCAAGUCAGAGUAGACCACAGAUUCAGAGAACGAAACCAGUGGAAGUUCAGUCCUUCCAGGACGCAUCCUCUGAUAAGGAGACAAAAGCUCCAGCUCAAAAAGGAUUUCUCUCCAGUCUGUUUAAUGUCACGGAAGAGCCAUCAUCAAAGAUGCAGGAGUCCUCUUCACCUGGGACAGAAGACCCAAAAAACAGCUCUACUGGGACAUCUACUGGCUUGUUAUCUAGCAUUUUCAAAACAAAUUCUAGUGACAUCAGCACUUCUGCUCCUGGAAAGGAAAAGGAAAAAGCUUCCCUUGAAACAUUACCACAGAAUAAGGAGAAAAUUUCCUCAAGUAUAGAAACACUCCCAGCUCCUGCUAAUUCAGUUACUCGUGGUGUUGAUACCCAGGAACAGCUUCCACAGUCACAGGUUAGGCAAGAUGAUACAAUUUCCCCAGCACAGCGUUAUCUUGAAGAAAUCCAGCAUCUCCUGUAUGGGACAUCAGAUGAAUAUGGUUACAAGGAUCUGUUAUACAACUUUACAGAACAUGGAGUGAUUCCUCCAGAGUUAUAUGAACAUCAGUGUCUCAUAGAAGCUCUGCUGUGGCAGCAACUCAAUGAUUAUGUCCAAGCUGAAGCUCUGGCCACCAAUGUUCAAAUUCACAACCAAACAUGCCACGACUAUAUUCCUCCUACAGCUAAAGCUCCUCAACUAGACAACCGCGUUACUUUAAAUCCUAAAGAAAUGAACAUCAGUGACUUCAACAUACCUGCUCAUCCUUGGAGGGAUACUUCCACCCAGCUUUUUGAGAGCCGAAACCGCUUUUUUGAAACAUAUGAAGAUCUGGUGUUGUUUGACAUGAGCUGCCGGAACAAGAAAGCUUGGAGCAGCUGUGACCACUUGAAUGAUCUUGAUAGCAAUAGUAAACCAUGGAUUGCAAGAGGUAGUGCAAUAAAUCUGUCAACUGAAAAAUCAAAGAGACGUCUAAAUAGGUGUCAGUCGCUCACGCAAUGCAGUGUUCAAGAGUCUGGCAAAGUGGAGGACAAAUGUGUUGUAGAUAAUUUCUUGAAAAAUGACAACUUUGAUUUAAAAUCAGCAACUGACUUUUUAAAGCGACUUUCAACAAAAAAAGGACCCGUCGACUUAAGACGCAGUGCUCUUAAUUUAAGCAAGUCAGCAGGCACUGGAGGCGAUACAGAAGAUUAUAUGCUGUUUGAGGACUCUGAGUGGUACCAACAGUGGAUGUCACUAUUAGAACAUGGGCUGUGGUGGCCAGCUGAGGCAGGAGACUGUGGAUAUUAUGUUUAUACAGAUGAAAACUACAUCUAUUCUCUUUUAACUGAUAAAGCUGGAAGGCAUCUCUACGCCUGUGCUACAGACGAGGAUAUGCAAACUUUGGGAAAUAUUACUGAAAACAUAGCUAACAUUCUGAAGCAAAAAGAAACUGAUAAAGUGACCCUUUGUGGUUUCAAAAUCCCCCUGAAUGAUGAAAGUAGAGGUUUCUGCAUUUCAGACAAUCAGCAGAAUGCCUUAUUAUUGAACGAUGCACCAAUGGAUCUGACUGCUGCUCUUAGAAAAGGUGAAAAAAUAAUGAACUUGAAUAUGCAGAGUUUCUCUCAAAUGUUUCAAGAGUCUGUAACAUCGCAAGCAGAGCAACCUAUUGACUUUAGUGUGUAUAAGCUUAAAAAGAUAAAAGUGGAGUCUGUCCAAAAUGGUUACUCUUGUCAAGAGGAACUAAUGGAAGCUGCUGACUUUAGCUUGAAGUCUCUAAAAGGGGGGCACGGAGGGCCCUACUGGAAGGAUCAAAGACUUAAAGAUAUACUCACACCAAGCCAUUCUCCUCAACAUUACUUGCCACAAAUCUCUCAAAACAGACAAUGUCCUAUUCCAGAAAUCAGGAUCGCACAUGUAGAUGAUACAAAUGCAGACCAAUCAAAACAAAAAGUAAGUUCUACAUUUUCAGGAUUCAGAGCAAACUCUACUAACACGAACACAAGUAAGACUCAGACAGUUUCAGCAACAUCUACCAUUUCAGCAUCUGUUUCCAGUCAACGUUCAGAAACUUCCCCAUCAACUUCAAAAAUACAGUUGGGAAGGAAGCUGCCUAAUGCUCCAAUUGACGGUAAGACAACCAGUCCUUCAACUCCAUCAGGACAAGUAGCUGCUGCUUCUUCUGUAGCAAAAGCAUCUUCCCCAAUGGUGCCUUCUAUUUCUUCCAAGAGACCACACCUUACAAGACAACCAUCUCAAGCAGAUAAAACAGUAUCAUCUCAGUUUAAUAAAGGCACUGUCACUGGGAUAUGCAAAGAGAAAAGUACCUCACCAAUGACCCAAACUGUCUCUGAGACUCCUAAAGAGCCACAAGAUAUCCCUAAGGUAUUUAAACCAAAGCUGCAUAUAUUGAAUGAGACUUCAAGUGUUUAUAGUGAAGCCUACCUAUACAACAGAAACCAGAAGUGCUUUACCUCCCCUGGUGACUCUCAAAUGUGCCAUAAAGUUUUAGAUUUUUCACCCGCAAUAAACAAAAACAUUACCAAACAAAAAGAUGGAACUGAUGAUGGUGUUGAACCUGCACCUAGGAAUGAGGCUGUCGACUUUACGAAGUACAAGUUAAAAAAAUUCAAAGAAAAAAAGCAAGUUGAUUUUGAGGCAAAUGUGGACAUGCCAGAUAAAACCACAACUGCUGUAGAUCUAACUAAGCAAGUAGAAGAAGAGGAAAUUGAAUGGCCAAAUUCAAAAAGUACUAGUGUAAGCCCAUUACAGGAUGGUCUGACCAUAUCACAGACCAGCCACAGGGAUACAGUUGGCCAACAAAAUCAAUCAGCAAGACAUCUGUCCAGGCUAGGAGUCCAUGGCCAAGUCCAUGCAAAGGAAAUACAAGCCUUUGCUAGUACAACCAAAGAAGCAAAGUCUAGUCAAAAAGAUUCUGAGUUUUCUAAGAAAGAUAAAGACAACUCCUCCAAGCUGACUUGUGCAUCUCCUGUAUCGUCGAAGAUUCCUGGCACCAAUUUUACAUCAGAAAAAUCAAUUUCUACAGUGUCUUAUACUUCCAGUAAAGAGUCCAAUCUUGGCGAAACUGUCCAAAAAACAUCAAGAACUGAGUCAAAACAACCAGCACGAACCUCACUGCUUUUGAGCCCUGCAAUGAGAAAACAAGUGGACAGUCAGGAACAACAGCUGCCAAAACAACAGAGUUCAAUUGGAGUUGCAACAGAUUCUACUCAGGUUUACCCUGACAAGAGUCCAGUUUCUGCACUUGUUUCUCAUCAGUCUUUUGAAAAGACUCAGCAAUAUGAGAAGACAACUGCACCUGCAAAUUCAAUUAAAGCCACGUUAGAUAUGUCUGUCAAGUCAAACACACAGCUGACACAGAAAACUGUUGUGCCAACAAAGGAUCCUGCUGGCGAGGCAUUGUCAUUGACCAAUAGAAAACCAUUUGCUUGUGAUGAGAGAGACCAAAGUUUAAGUCGCCAAGAAUCCAUUGACCUGACAUGUAAAUCAGUGUCAUCAUUGAAUAAACCUGAGAUGAAAGACUUUAGUCAUACACCAACUCUCCAGGAACUCCCAAGCUCACUAAAAACCACACAAGACAUGACUUCUAUGUCUUUAACUUCAAAAGCAGUGGUUCUGAAUGAAGAUAUCACAACUAGAAAACCUCUUACUGACUAUACCUGUCUAUCUCCAAAUGCACAACCACUUCCAUGUCAGUUAAACCCAGAAUCACUUCAGCCACACUCUUGGCAGAGCAAAGAUGACACAUUAAUGCAAUCAAUUCACUCACCUUCUCAGUUACUGGGAACAAAACAUGUUGCUUUUCCUCCGUCAAAUGCCACUAAUGUGUUAGAUAUGUCACCAAAGCCGUCUCAAGUCAUGUUGGGAAAAACAGUGCCUGGAGAUGAGUUUAUCACAGACGAAGCAGUUUCACUUGUUAAAAAGUCAAGUGCAAGAGCAGUUGCCAGGAGAGAUUCUGUUGGUGUUGCACUGAUAGUUGAUCAAACCCAGAUGGAAUCAACAAGCGAAAUGCAGUCUCAAAAUAUGAUCUCUGGGCAAAAAAGCCAAAUCACAAACAGAAAUGGGGUCUGUAUUUUACAGCAGUCCAUUCCUGGCUACACAGUUAUGCAACACUCAACUGCAUCCCAGACUAUUGUUAAAUCAAAUUCAAACAGUACAGCUCCAGCAAAUUCAGUUAAAGGCACAUUAGACAUGUCAACAAAGGCCUCUGUACCUGACACAAGUAUGCCUUCACAUCCAGUUUCACUGGUUCGCUCAAGACGAUCAAGCUUAAUAUAUUCUCAAAAAGAUUCUGUUGGUGUCCCCUUAAUAGUGGAGGUACACAUUCCCCAAGAGCACCCUAAAAGGAAUCAGACAGCAUUGGUAGAACCCCAGAAGCCUUUACAAAGACUUGUGCAUAGUGAAUCUCGAGAAACUACUGCACCUGCUAACUCCAUCAGAAGCUCUUUGGACAUGUCCCCAAAAUCCCCACAGAAGGAGUCUGAAAGAGCUCCUAUUGUACUACCAUGUGAAGUUGUGCCACUAGUCAGAAAUAGGACACAUGUAUUAAGGAAUCCUUGUGGUGGUGUACCACUCAUUGUGGAGCAACCUGUAUGUCAACAAAGAAGACAUGUUAUGACAGAAGUUUUUACAACAGAGACCCUACACAGAAAAGUAUCUACCUCUCAUUGUAAUGAAGCAUUUUCUCCUUCUAGGACCCCAUAUAAGGACCCACGGCAACACAAUAAGCCUGUAGAUUUCUCAGCUAGAGACAACCUUGUUACGUAUAACCUUUCAAACAAUCAAAUUGAACCUAAAGAUGGAGAGCCAAUGAACUUCACUGUUGCAAAAGCAAAGAAAGAAACUACCAAAAAAUGGCAAAGUGAAAGGGACCCAGAAAAGAAAACGUUUGUGGGUACUGUGGAUCUAAGUUUGAAUGUUAAAAACAAAUCAAUAAUUGACCUUCAAGGUGCAACGGAUUUUACUUCUUCGGUUUGUGUCCCAUCUCAACACAGAAUAAAUUCUCAGCAACAAUAUAUACCUGCAAACACUAUUGAUUUCAGAAGUGACAUUACAUUUUCUCAAACUCGAAAGUUAUCGGAACAUUCAAAUGAUGCAUGCAUAACCACACAUGCUGGAACACAUCAUGAAAUCCAUGGAGGAACAGGAAGGAAUUUGGAAUCUGCAUUUGCACCUCUGGUUGCAACUGAAAGGAUAAUACAGCCUCCUCAGCUUUUUACUCCCCAGUCUACACAAGACAUUGGAUUUACUCAGUUGUCACUUAAUAGUGCAUAUCAACAAGUCAAUAGUGUACCUGAACAAAUAUCUUUUGUAAAAUAUCAACUGCCAACUCAAUAUUUAGUUUCUCAACACCAAUGUCCACACCCCAGAGCAGAAUUUGCAAUUCCUCUGCCAAAGACACAAACGUUGCAAAAACAAGACACGACUACACAGCAGGAUGUGAACCAUAGACCCAAAAUUCUUAUUAAGCAGGCAACUGUGGAUAGUUAUGGGAGUACAGAAGAGUUUGAAGAAAAUGGAGCAGUGACACACAGUAGGCACUCCUCUGUUUCUUGCACUACACAACAAGGUGCAGGUGGAUCCCAAACAGCUGCUAUCCCUUUGUCUGUAGACGCACAGCGUGGUGCUGAACAUUUUAUGGCACCUGCAGUUGCACAGCCUGUACAAAGAGACACCAAUUCAGCUGCAAAUGAUUCAAAAGUACCUCUUCAUCUCUCAAAGCCACCAAGCAUAAGCCAACACCACACCACUGCACAAAAUAAUUACACACCAGCCUUACCCUCUAAUAAUAUGGAUCCAAUACAGUGCGUUUCACAAACUAGUGUAUCUGUUUCACAAACUGCCAGAAGUCAUCACACAAUGCCAGGGUUAUAUGUUACAGGAAGUUAUCAAAAUCAGGGCUUUGCAUCUCAAUCACAAGAGUCACAAGUGGCUUCAACACAAGCAGGAUCUUCUUCUGUGAAGGGUUUGAUUUCACUUUUUAGUAAUUUGGACUCACAAUCUUCUGUUGGUACAAAAUCACCUGCUAUCUCCAGCUAUGCCAAGACUGAAUCAAAACCUGUAGACCACGUUCUUUCAAUACAAAAGCAAGAUAAUCUUGUCCCAGUUACUCAUAACACCAGAAACAUAGAGGGAAUCUCCUCAAAUUCACAAUUUUCUACUGUAGCAGAUUCUGUGCCACUCACAACAACUCUUGGUCAGGAUUAUGUUGAAUCAGGAUCAGUGACUCCUGAAGAUAAACUAGCUUGUUCAUCUGAGGCAUCCAAAGAUCAGUCUGCAAAUGUGGAGAAAGUGUUGUCUCCAGAACUACCUCUAAGCACUGAAUCACAACAAAUAGGUUUAAUAUCAAGUGAUUUAAGUCACAGAAUGUCUGCUGGGACACUGGAGGGUGCAUCAUCACAGAGUAUUAAGUCCACAUCUCCUUCUCAAAAGUGUCAAGAACUACAGGAAAUAAAUUCUUGCACAGGAAAAGAAACAUUUGAUGACUUACCUCCUUCUGAACCAUUCCCAGUUAAACCAAUAGGUAAUAAACUACAUGAAGGACUUCAAAGCUCUGACGAAUCUCCACUAUUUCCACUAGCAUUGCAAGAGACUAAAUCAAAAUCAAAUGGUAAAGAAGCAUUGGCCGCAAUAAGUGAAAUAGCAUCUCAAUCGGACCUAUCACAACAGCAAGGUUUAGAAGAGCUUAAACAAGCUAUAUCUACACAGUCUGCCAAUGUUAGGGGUGAAUUCGAAGAAAUUUCUUCACAAGAAAAAAGCAGACCUCCAAGGUCAAUCUAUAUUGGCAUAAGUUCUUCAGACACACUUCCUUUUGGGGUAGAAAUGGAAUCGGGGGAUCAAAAGCCUUAUGUUAGACUGCCCCACAUUUUCAUAUCAGCUGCCAGUUCACCAGAAGAAGAGCAUAAUGAGACCAACCGUGGUACCCCUGAAAGUAAUGGACCUAAUUUUCCAGAAGCUAGUGUCUUUGAUGAUACUACAUCAAGUGCAGGAACAGCACUAGAGCAAAGGGAAGUUGAUGUUGAUGUUUUAGUAAAGUCUGAUGCAUCUAAAGAUACCAGUACUUUAGAAGACAGUACCAUACAGGGAUCUGUUGAACCAUUGAGCAGUGAGGCUAAGACUGGCUUUCCAGAUAUACCAAUUUCACUGAAUACAUCAAAUCAGAUAAUUAUAAAUGAACAAGACUCUGAGCACAUUAUGACAGAUAAAACCUCAAUAGGCACUACCCUUUCAGAGAUUGAAAAUAAAUCGGAGACUACUGAGGUUCCUCAGGACAAACUUCAAUCGAUUUCUGAAAACACAGAGUUAACAUCAGACACAUCACCAGGUGAAGUUGUAAAACUUCUCACUGACCUGGCCUGUCAGGUUGUUGAAGAGUCACCAGAAUGUGUUCAACCAUCUCAAGAGUCAGUUACUAUGAAUGAAAACAAAUCUCCCAGUACAGAACUGCCAGGAGAAGUUGACUGCUUGAGCAUCAAGUCUCUGAAAGUAGAAACCUUAGUUUCAGAUGUUAAAUCACCUGAAGAUGUCCAACAUCUUCAUGAGAAAAGUGAAGAAGAUGUCACUUUAUCUGUGCCUGAGCCACCUCCUAUUAGUGCUCCUAAGGUUUCAGAUUUAACAUCUGAAACCUUAGUUUCAGAUGUUAAAUCACCUGAAGAUGUCCAACAUCUUCAUGAGAAAAGUGAAGAUGUCACUUUAUCUGUGCCUGAGCCACCUCCUAUUAGUGCUCCUACUGAGGAACUUAUUAUCUCUAAGGAAGACAGUGCAGCUGUUAAGGGUGAUCUGCCCAAUGCUGAACAAACUGAUGAACAAGCAGGAAAAGGCAUAUUUUCACUGUUCAGUGCUUCUUCAGCAUCCCCGCAACAAACUCCCUCCCAGACUGGAUUAUCAAUACUUGGGGGCAUUAUUCCUGGCUCAUCUACUAAAGAUGCUCCUGGGACAGGGUUACUCUCCAUGUUUGGUGGGUCAAGUGCACCAUCUUCAUCUGAAUCCAAAGAUAUACCACCACAGUCAGCACCACAAGAACCCCAGGGAAAAAGUCUGUUCUCUAUGUUUGGUGGUUCUAUUAGUCAACCACCACCUGGCCCAAGGGGUCCAACUGCUGGAGGUGUGAGGCCCAGGGGGCCACCACCCAAAGAACCUCCAGGAAAAGGUCUCUUUUCCAUGUUUGGUGGAGCUGUGCCUCAACAAGCACCAAGUCCCAGGGCUCAUCCAGGGGCUGGCCCUCCACCCAGAGGACCAGGAUCUUCUCUGUUUGGUGGCAUCCUACCAGGUUCAGCAACACAAAAAGACACCCCUAGUACAGGGUUGUUCUCCAAGUUUGGUGGUCUUGGGGGUCAGUCCCAAACAGGGCCUAAGGUAGGCACACCUGGACAAACAGCUACACCACCAAAACCCAGUGGCCCAGAGAUCUCAGGGAAGGGGCUGUUUGCCAUGUUCGGUGGACAGAGUCAACAGCCACCAGAAGCACAACCAACAGCUUCUAAAACAACUGAAUCAGACAGUGCUUUUAAAGUGUCAUCUGUGUUUUCACUUGGUUCGAAUACUGACAGCAACAAAUCUAAAACUGGGUUUGGUCUAUUUGGUAUGUCCUUUUUGGAGGAAAGCAAAACUGAGCCAGAAAAAAGUGUUCCUGUCAAAGAGGAGGUUGUAGUUGAGCCAUUAAAGUCUUUAGAUGCAGAAGCACCUUCAGAAGAAGCAGAGAAUAACCAUGAUAAAACUGUAAAACAUGAACCCACUGAACCUGUUUCUAUAAUUUCAGUUCAGAAAAAAAUUAAUGUAGAGGAGACAUGUCAAGAUGUCCAAGAUGCCGUCAACAAUGUCUCUAAAAAUGUUAAUGAAGCUUCUGUUCCUCAAAGAGAUUCACAAGAUGUGGACAAAGAAGCCACAGUACAGUUAAACCUUUCUCAAAAUGCCUCAGAGACAGUUGAAACUUCUGUUGGAGAGUCAUUGAACAUUACAAGUAAUCUUUCUGAGAAAGAGACAUUUGUGGAUUCACAAGAUGUAAAACAAGUCAGUGAAUCACAAUCAGACAUCCCAUGUGGACCUAAAGAAAGAGAAGGUGCAGUAAAUGUUGAGGAAAUGGUUGCACAACCAGAAACUGCUGCAUUAGAAAUGAUUACUCAAAAUGAAUCUGAAAUAGUUGGGAUCAGUCAGUUAUCAGAAAAACAUGACUCCCCUCAAAUACCAGAAAAUAUAACAGAUUCUUUGGAUAAACUAGAAACCUCUAUUACUGCCGUAGAAGAAGUUCAAGAUACAAAGACUAAAGAUGUGGACAUUCCUUCAGAGAAGGGAAAUGAAGAGGAUUUAAAUUUUGCUGUGGAGACUUCAGUUGAAGAUGUGGGAAAAUCACAUGAGGAUGCUAUAAAGCUGUCUGAAGACAGAUCAGUUACAGUUGAUGAAAAAUCAUCUGAGGAGCCUUUGAAGGCUGAGGAUGAAGAACAGAUUUCAGCAGCAGAUGUGAAACAAACUGAAGAGACCUUGAGAAAUGCUGUUGAGAUACAUCCACCGGCUGUUGAUGUUCAGAAAUUACCUGAUGAGGAUUUGUUAGUUGGUGAACAAAAAACAAUCAUAUCUGAUGUUGAAAAAUCAUGUGAUGGGACUUUGGUAGUUGCUGAUGAGCAACAAACAGUUGUAUCUAACGUUGACAAAGUAAAGGUUCCUGGGGAGGAGCAAGCCACUGUCACAGGUCUAGAAAACCUAAAUAAAGAGGCAACUGACAUUGAUUCUGUCAAAGAAAUUACAGAAAAACCCACUGGAGAAAUGGGUGAAAAAGACUUGAAAGCAUCAUCUGUUGAAAUUCCAAAAGAACUGGCUGAACAAAAACCAGAAGAUAAUGUAGAUCCUGUGCAUAAAGUAGACACAAUUUGUGAAAGUGAUAUAAUUUCUGCGGCAGUUUCAUCAUCAAGUGAAGAAAAAACUUUUGAAAACAGUUCAGUAGCAUCUGCUGAUCGUUCAACACAGCAACAGCAGAGACCAGAAAUGGUCAGACCAUCUGGCCCACCUGGACAAAGAAUGGGAGCACCAAGAAUGGGAGGACCACAAAUGGGAGCCCCAAGGAUGGCUGGACCAAGAAUGGCAGGACCGAGAAUGACUGGACCUAGAAUGACAGGACCGAGAAUGGCUGGACCUAGAAUGGCAGGACCGAGAAUGGCUGGUCCAAGACAAUCAGGACCGCAGAGACCCCCUGAACCAUCUUCCUUUUCUGGCUUCAUGUCUAUGUUCUCCACCCCAAGUGCACCAAAUAAAUCACCAACUGUUGGUGGAUUUUUUUCAAGUUCUCCAGGAUCCCUUUUUGGAUCGUCCCCUACUCCUCGUCAGCCUCAGCAACAGCAGCAACAACAACAACAGAAAAGCUCAUUUUUUGGCCUUCCAAGUAGCAUUGCGCCAGAAUCCAUCACCAGUGACCUCUUUGGCAUGUUCAAGGGUCAAGAAACAACAAAACCAGAGGAACCUGAACAAACUGGCACAAAAUCUGAACAAGCAGAAGCUCCUGCAAAUUUGGCAAACCCUCAGGACUCUGAAAAGGCAAAUGCAGAUAAUAUGACCUUAACUGAAGAUGAACAAGUUAAAACCACAGAAGAUUCUGACCUACCUGAAAAAGGGCUUGUUAAGGAGGCAGAAAGAAAAGACAAAACGGAAGAUGAUUCUCUCAUUGAAUCAACAGUAAAAACUAAAGACCCUGAACAAAAGGCAGAGUGUCUGGAGGCUGUUGAGCAUUCAGAAGAGCCUGUUACUGAAGAGUCUUCCAAAAGUAUACCAUCUGCAGCCCCUGAAACCAAAGGCAUGUUUGAUAUGCCCAUUCUGUCUACCCCUAAAUUUGGCUUCAUGUCUGCAGCUACUGAAGGCACAACAUCUAUCGGAUCCCUUUUCUCCACUACAUCUUCAGUCACUAAACCCUCAGAGCCUCAACAGACAGAUGGUGGUCUCUUUUCAGGCUUUAAAAAUCUUUCAGCUGGUAUUUUCCAGGACGAAAAGCCAGCAGGAAAAGAGGAAACACCAAGUGCGUCAUCCGUUUUUGGCUUGAAACUGAGCUCAGUGUUUGGCACCUCCGACUCUCCCAAACCUGAAUCCACCCCACCUGUGGUCACAGCCCAGCCUCAGAGUGAAUCUCCUAAACCGGCAGAAGAACUUGAUGAGCUGGAAUUUGACAAACCAUCCCCAGGUUCUGGGGAAACUGAAAGUGCAGACAAUAGUGAUAUGGAAGGACCAACAGAGACAUCUAAAACAGGAAGCUGUGACACCUUAGCACAAAUGGCACAAUCUGGCAUCCCGUCUCUGUCAGGUUCUCUGUCAGAAAGCUUAGAUAAGCCUCAGGUAACAUUUACACCAUGUGAGUUAGAUAAGAGCGAAGAAAAUACACUCGACACCAGGCAAGCAGAGUUGGAAACAGAACAACCAAAAGAUCUGUUGAUGAAGGAAGCAGCGAAAAGUCCGUUGGACAGCAGCCAUUUUGACUCAUCAGGGAACCUGAGCCCCGUCAGUUCCCAGCUGAGCUCUGAACUCGAGGACCGCCACCCUCCAGAGUCCUGCCCCCCCAGCAGCGCCCGUACGCCUCUGUGCAGUGAGGCCUCCAAAUCGUUUGAGGAUGAAGAGCUGGAGAAGGAAGUGAACGGACUUCCAGAAUCUGGUGUGAACAAAGACCGGAAGGAUUCUUCAGUUGUCUCCCCAAAGCAGAGUUUGGCGAAACACGAUGACACAAAUCUAACACAAACUUGUCUCUUUGACGACGGCCCACCGCCUUGCUCUCCAGCUAAAGUUCGCUGGCUGAAGGCUUACAACAAAGUGAGGUUACAACUCCAUGAGAGCCAAACGCAAGACGGUGACCCCAGCAAGCAGCCGUGGGCCAAGCCAGGGGCAAACACACCAUUUGGCAUCGACAGCAUGCCAGACCUCCGCAAGAAGAGGCCUAUCCCUCUUGUUAGUGAACUGGCCAUGUCCAUGAUUCAGUCCAGCAAGGCCAGACUGAACUACACUCUGGCCACUCGGACCUCCCUAAAAGAUGAAGAGCUUAAAAACCACGUCUACAAGAAGACUCUGCAGGCUCUGAUCUACCCCAUCUCCUGCACCACGCCGCACAAUUUCGAGGUGUGGACCGCCACCACGCCUACCUACUGCUACGAGUGCGAGGGUCUGCUGUGGGGCAUCGCUCGGCAGGGCAUGCGCUGCGCAGAGUGUGGGGUCAAAGUUCAUGAGAAAUGCCAGGAGCUGCUGAACGCUGACUGCCUGCAAAGAGCAGCGGAGAAAAGUUCAAAGACGGGGGCAGAAGAUCGGACGCAGCACAUCAUCAUGGCUAUGAAGGACCGGAUGAAGAUCCGCGAGAGAAACAAGCCUGAGAUCUUCGAGGAGAUCCGGAAAGUGUUUGUCAUUUCUAAGAUGAUUCAUGCUCAACACAUGAAGAGCAUCAAGCAGAGUGUGCUGGACGGCACCUCCAAAUGGUCUGCCAAGAUCACCAUCACAGUGGUUAGCGCUCAGGGUCUGCAGGCCAAGGACCGGACCGGCUCCAGCGACCCGUACGUCACCAUCCAGGUGGGGAAAACCAAGAAGAGAACAAAGACCAUCUACGGAAACCUGAACCCCAUCUGGGAGGAAAAGUUUAGCUUCGAGUGCCAUAAUUCGUCGGACCGGAUCAAACUCCGAGUGUGGGACGAGGACGACGACAUCAAGUCGCGAGUGAAGCAGCGACUGAAGAGAGAGUCGGACGACUUCCUGGGUCAGACCAUCAUCGAGGUCCGAACCCUGAGUGGAGAAAUGGACGUCUGGUACAACCUGGAGAAGAGAACUGACAAGUCGGCGGUGUCUGGUGCCGUCCGCCUUCAGAUCAGCGUGGAGAUCGAGGGAGAGGAGAAGGUGGCGCCGUACCAUGUGCAGUACACCUGCCUUCACGAGAACAUGUUUCACUACUCGACGGACAUCGAGGGAGGCGGGAUGGUGAAGAUCCCGUCCGCUCAGGGCGACGACGCGUGGAAAGUCUACUUUGACGAAGUUCAGCAGGAAAUUGUGGACGAGUUUGCGAUGCGCUAUGGCGUGGAGUCCAUCUACCAGGCCAUGACGCAUUUCUCCUGCCUGUCGUCUAAGUACAUGCUGUCAGGAGUGCCGGCAGUGAUGAGCACCCUGCUGGCCAACAUCAAUGCCUUCUACGCCCACCCCACUGCCUCCACAAACGUCUCCGCUCCCGCCAGAUUCGCCGCCUCCAACUUUGGGAGGGAUCGUUUUGUGAAGCUCCUGGAUCAGCUGCACAACUCUCUGAGAAUCGACCUCUCCACGUACAGAAAUAACUUCCCGGCCAGCAACAAGGCUCGACUCAGCGACCUGAAAUCGACGGUAGAUCUUCUCACCAGCAUCACCUUCUUCAGGAUGAAGGUGCUGGAGCUGCCGAGUCCGCCCAGAGCCGCCAGCGUGGUCCGGGACUGCGUCAAGGCCUGCCUGAACUCCACCUACGAAUACAUCUUCAACAACUGUCUGGAGCUCUUCAGCCGCCAGUUCCAGCCCAAAAAAGAGGAGAGUCAGCCUGAAGAGCAAGGCCCGAGCAUCCAGAACCUGGACUUCUGGCCGAAGCUCAUCACGCUGAUCGUGUCCAUCAUCGAGGAAGAUAAAAACUCAUACGCGCCCGUCAUCAACCAAUUUCCUCAGGAACUGAACGUGGGUAAAGUCAGCGCUGAGGUCAUGUGGACUCUCUUUGCUCAGGACAUGAAAUACGCUCUGGAAGAGCAUGAGAACCAUAAGCUGUGUAAGUCUUCAGACUACAUGAACCUGCACUUCAAAGUCAAGUGGCUGUACAACGAGUACGUGAAGGAGCUGCCCGCCUUCGCAGACGCUGUGCCUGAAUACUCUGCGUGGUUCCUCCAGUUUGUUCUGGCCUGGUUGGCCGAGAACGAGGAGGUGUCGAUGGAGUUCAUGUCCGGAGCUCUAGAGAGAGACAAGAGAGAAGGGUUCCAGCAGACAUCGGAGCACGUUCUGUUCUCCAGUUCAGUGGUGGACAUCUUCACUCAGCUCAACCAGAGCUUUGAGAUCAUCAGGAAACUGGACUGUCCCGAUCCCACAGUGGUGGCCCAGUAUAACAGACGCUUCGCCAAGACCAUCACCAAGGUUCUGCUGCAGUACUGUGCGGUUCUGGCCAAGAGCUUCCCAUCCUACUGUGAGAAGGAGAAGAUACCCUGUGUGCUGAUGAACAACGUCCAGCAGAUGAGGGUCCUGCUGGAGAAGAUGUUCGAGUCCAUGGGAGCAAAACAGUUGGAUACUGAAGCAGCCAACAUCCUCAACGAACUCCAGGUGAAGCUCAACACCGUCCUGGACAACUUCAGUGCCGUGUUCGCCAAAAGUUUCCAGAAUCGUAUAAACGGCUGCAUGCGACAGAUGGCGGAGAUCCUCUACCAGAUGAAAGGCCCGCCCAACCACAACACUGCGGAGGCGGACGCCGACACAACGCUGAGGCCCCUAAUGGAGUUCCUGGAUGGGAACCUCAGCAUUUUCGCUGGCAUCUGUGAGAAAACAGUGCUGAAGAGGAUCCUGAAGGAUCUGUGGAAGAUUGUCCUGAGCAGCCUGGAGCGGAUCGUCGUCCUUCCUCAGAGCAACGACAGCCUGGGAGCUCAGCUCCUCACAGCAGCGAAGGGACUCUCUAAUCUCAAGGGAGGAGCUGAAGCUAAAACUCUGACUCCUAAGCAAUGUGUGAUUAUUGAUGCAGGACUGGAGACCAUCAAGCAAUACUUUCACGCUGGAGGAAACGGGCUCAAGAAGGCGUUCGUGGAGAAAAGUCCUGAGCUAGCUUCUUUGCGCUACGCUCUCUCUCUCUACUCUCAGAGCACCGACGCACUAAUCAAAACCUUCGUCACCACGCAGCAUUCCCAAGUGCAUGAUGGGAUUGGCAUCAGAAUCACUGGUAAUGAGAAGAUUAAACCCGACAGAGGCUCUGGGGUGGAGAAGCCAAUCGGAGAGGCUGUUCUGCAGGUCGACAUGCUGCUUGGAAAGGAACGCAAGAUCAAUGUCAGGGUCAUUGCGGUGAACGAUAUGAAGUGGCAGACCUCCGGGAUGUUUCGUCCGUUUGUUGAGGUCUCCAUGGUCGGCCCCUUUAUGGCCGACAAGAAGCGAAAGUUCACCACGAAAUCUAAGAACAACAGCUGGACCGCAAAGUUCAACGAGACUUUCCAGUUCGUUUUGGGUAAGGAGUCCCCGGACUGCUACGAGCUCCAGGCGACGGUGAAGGACUACUGCUUCGGCCGGGCGGACCGCGUGGUCGGCUUGGCCGUGCUGCAGCUGAGAGACGUGGCCGACAGGAAGAGCUGCGUGUGCUGGUGUCCCCUCGGGCCACGCGUCCACACCGACGACACGGGCUUGACGGUGAUGCGCAUCCUGUCCCAGCGGCCGGCCGACGAGGUGGCCAAGGAGUUUGUGAAGCUGAAGUCCGAAACUCGGCCGGCAGAGGAGGGCAGAUGAGCCGAUUCUGACUCAGGACUGAGUGAUCGCUGCGUUUCCAUCGAAAAACGUGCAAAUUGAUAUCAUGAAAAAUCAUUGGCUUAAUGGAAACACACCAAUUUAUAAAAAAAAAGGCUACUAAUGUCCCUAAAUAUCAGAUGCAGAACUGAUGUAGUUUUAUAAGAAAUCAAUUUUCCCCUUGAAAAAUAUUCACUAGCUCUGUUUCCAUUAACCAUAAAAUUGUGCAAAUUGAAAUAAUGAAAAUAGAUUAUCUUAACACGCCAAGUUUGAAAAAAAAAAAACACUUUUGAUGAAAAGGUUUUAGCACUAAGAUGGUGUUUUUAUUAAAAUUUGUUUAUUUCGCAUCACAAGUCACAUGA